CCACGGACUGCUCCAGUGGGAGAGAGCAAACCAGGUCAUGAUUGAUAAAGAGCAGCUUUCGGGAGGACAGGCCACCCCCAAACGCACAGAGCCAAUCGCCCCAGCUCUGAAUUAAAAUUAUUCUUCCCAGAAUGGAGAUGAUGGUGACGAAGCUGUUGAUGGUGUUUGCUCUUGGAAUGAGCUACUGGUCUUGUGCAGGUUUCCCGGUGUAUGACUAUGACCUGUCCUCCUUGACGGAAGCCCUCAACGCCUCUGUGGCAAAAGUGAAUUCUCGGUCCCUGAGUCCAUAUCUGUUUCGGGCGUUCAGAAGCUCAAUAAAAAGAGUCAACGUCCUGGAUGAAGACAGCUUGAGCAUGGAUAUAGUGUUCAGCAUUCGAGAGACGACGUGCAGGAGGGAUUCUGGAGAAGACCCUGCUACCUGUGACUUCCAGAGGGGCUACUAUGUGCCAGCAGCAGUUUGCAGAAGCACUGUGUGGGUAUCCGCCCAGCAGGUGCAGGACGUGUGGGUUCGCUGUAGCUGGUCCUCCAGCUCCGAGUCUAGCAGCAGCGAAGAGUUCAUUUUUGGGGACACAUUGGGAUCCUCUAAAUGGAGAAAGAAUUAUCUGCUUGAGAUCAUGAGAAGGAUCUCUCCUCCUGGAAAUAGAAGGAACCGAACCAACGGGACAGAGUGAGAAUAAACACUGGCUUUGAGUGACAGCCUUGAGCAAAAUGCAUCCGAAGGAAUAGAAGUUCCAAGGAAGAAAGAUGUUUUAUGAAUUGUGUAGUUUUUCUUUCCAUGGGUUCCAGUCUUUAAUAAAAGUCUUACUUUUCCUCUUUC